CUACUCUGCGUUCCACACGGCCGGAACGCCGUGUCCGCGCAUGCGCAGUGCGCCGCUCAGUGUCCGCGUGGAAGGAGGAACUGUGCAGUUUUUCUUCUGUACUCAAACCAUCAUCCACCCUCCGUGCAAACCUUCACCGCCCAGUAGGAGGAACAGCGAGAGGAACAGCAGGAGCAACAGAGUGAGUGAGAAGACCAGAGGAAACACUGGGAUCAUGUCUUCACACGAUGACUGGGAGACUAAACUGGAAAUUAGGGCGUGUAGUUUUGAAGCGAGUCCAGCAGGGGGAGACAAACACGCAGACUGCAGCUCCCCUCAGGGCUCCUCUGGUAAAAGUGAGAUGUCGCCGGAGAUCUUCGGCAACGAUCCUUUAAGAACUCUGGGAGAAAUCCUCGCCUACUGCCAGGUCAUGUAUGAGGCCAUUCAGAAGCUGGAUGAGAAGUUUGAGUUGCUGCAGGCCAGAGUGACGCACAUCCAGGAAGAUCAGAUACAUGUGGAGGAGGACCAGUCUGAGAUUUACACGCUGGACGAUACGGAGACUGUCCAGAUUAACGACGAAUCAGCAGAAACAACCUACCAUGUUCUCCAUCACCAAGGUCCUCUCUCAGUUCCUCCAUCUCCUGAAGGUUCAAGAACCCUAAAGCUUGUCAUUAGCUCAGAAACACCCACAUGCUCCUCAGUGUCUCCUCAGAGUCAGACCCAGCAGUCCACUUCGACCACCACACCAGGUCGAGCUGUGAGGGAAAUGCUCUUUCAGCAGCGAAACGUUUCGAAAGAUCAUCCCAACACGGACGCUGGACACGCGGCAUCUCCACAAACCAUGAGGAAAAUCUUACAGCAGCAUCGCAAGAAUCCUGAUCCUCAGAGACACAACGUAAACACAGGAAGCAGGAAGUUUGUGAUCCCCAGCAGUGUUCUGAUGAUGGCCAGUGCGAUGGCGAGACCGACGGCCGCCGCUCGCUUCCUCAUGCGCAGCCUCUUCACCAGACAGGAGCUGCUGCACGGGAGCAUUCGAGGACACACAGCUAGAGGAUUGAAGAAACUUAACCCAGAAAAAAUCCACGCUAUACGAGAGUGGGCUCAGGUGACGUACCCUGAACAUGACCUGCGUGAGAAAGGUAAAGACUGGAAGGCCUGCCUCACUGUGAUGAAUGAAGGAGCCAGACACGUUCGACUGAAAGACAGAAAGCGUAAAGGUAAAGCAGUAAGAGACACGAGCGAACGAACGGCGUCGGUCCACGAAUUCAAACCCGAGCCCACGGCGGAGAUCGACGUGGAGCUGUCAGGCGGCGAGAGCGAAGACCUUCAGCAGACGGCUGCAUUUAAACCCAAACGAGAGGCCGAUGAAGAGCUGCUGCUGGAAAGCGAUUACGAGCAGGAGGCUCAGGCGUAUCUGGGUCAGCCGGACCGGGAGGUGAAGGUGCCUCAGUUAGCGCUAUACUCAGCAUCACAGAGACCCAACCCUGCGCUCGCAGCUCGCCAUCUCAUCAGGUUCAUGUUCCCAGAGGAAGUGCUGGUGCAGAGCAACGUGUACGGAAACGCCAAGUACGGCAUCCUGCCACUGGACCACAACAAGAUCUCAGCUCUGAGGGAGUAUCUGUGCGAGCGGUUCCCCUACAUGAAGCUAGACGAGGACGGACCCAACUGGAAGGCGUGUGUGUAUGCCAUCAACGGAGCCAUCCGGAAAACCAGACACACCUUGAAGAAGUGCCACAGACUGGCACAAGACGACACGCCGAUGACAUCAUGACCACACACAAACAUCUAAUCAUUAAGGCCUAUUGUAGAGUUGUUUUUUUAAGGACUAUGUGCAUCAAUAAAAACAAAAGCAAUGUUA